AAAAACAGUGAAGAUUUUAGAAAACAUAACGUGGCAUAAAGGAAAUAUUAAUUUUAAUAAUUUCAUAAGGAAAUUGACGUAUUUUCCUAUCUAGAGUAACUCUCAAUUAAGUGAUUAGCAACAAAUUUAUCAAAUAAGAUGUCAAAAGUAACAUUUAAAAUUACACUGACAAGUGAUGCUAAACUUCCAUUUAAAGUACUCUCAGUUCCCGAAUCAACACCAUUCACAGCUGUUUUGAAAUUCGCAGCAGAAGAGUUUAAUGUCCCAGCAGCAACUUCAGCAAUUAUUACUGAUGACGGAAUAGGAAUCAACCCAUCACAAACAGCUGGCAAUGUCUUUCUCAAGCACGGAAGUGAGUUAAGAUUAAUUCCAAGAGACAGAGUAGGACACUGAAAUCGUGAUAC